CCAAACGAGAUCUUUCUUGCAGUCCUCGAGUUCCUGCCCAAUGAGCGUCUCUUGGUCCUGCGCUGCAUCUCCAAACGCUUCCAGGCCCUCGUCGACCUGAUCCUGGCCUACCGUCUCGAGCGCAAUCUGAUUGACCUCAAGCUUCGUCGGGGCUUGGCCCAGAACCGCUAUACCCAGAGCGAGGUCUCCAAGCGCCCGCAUCUGCGGCACUACGGCACCUUUCUUCGCAACGUCAACCCGCACAGCAUCAUCGAGGCCUCGUGGUACACCAUGCCGCCUGCCGAGCUCAAGACCAUCUGCGAGUGCCUCGUUAUCCUGAAGGAGGGCACCGCCCCCGACAACGAGGACCUCACCUCGGUGUCCUGGACAACCACCAAGCGAAUCAUGGGCCGGUAUUCCUUCAAGGCCUGGCUCACCAACAUCCGCCUCAACGUCAACCACAUUGCCUUUGAGAACGUCAAGCGGGUCGAGCGCAUCAUCAUGCUUGACCCCAACAUCACCUACGAGCGGGUCCGCGGUGUCUCCACCACGGGCUACAACCUGCUCAUCAUCGUCGCCGCCUGUCUCCAGUAUUGCUCCAUCGCCAAGGAUCUCAAGGACCUCGAGAAGGUCAUCCAGCGCCUCGAUCUCUCGAUCGAAAAUGCCCGCAGCUUCCUG